AUGCUUAAUUCUUUCAUUAUCACCAUUUGUACAUUCAUUUUUGAUUUACUACAUGCCGUGUGGAGAACAGUAGUGUGCGGGCCGGCUGGUGUGGCAGUGCGAGGCCCUCGGCUCAUGGAGGAGUUCAGCCCCAGGCAACUUGCUGUCAAGCAGCUAAAGCUAAAGUUCCUGGAGGCUCUGCAGACCAAUAAUGCCCAGGAGGUCCUGGAGAUCCUGCACACUGGGGAGAUAGACAUUGACACAGUGCUGGAGGUGGAGGACCCCAGCAUGGUCCUGGCCUCAUACAAACAAGGUUAUUGGCUCCCAGGCUACAAACUGGAGACCUCCUGGGCGAUGGGUAUUCAUGUGUGUGUGAUGUACAACGCUGUGGAAACUGCACUAGUGCUCCUUCAGGAGGGUGCCGCCAUUAACCGGAAGCCCAAUGGGAAGACGCCGCUGCAUGUGGCCUGCGAGGUCUCCAACCCCGAGUGUACGGAUUUACUUUUGGCUCACAGGGCAAAGGUCAACAGCCUGUCGCUGAGUGGGCACACCCCACUGCACUACUGCAUCACCAGGGAGUCUGUGGACUGUGCCAAGCAGCUCAUCUUCAGAGGUGCAAAAGUCAACAUGCCCAGCUACAACAACGAUGAGGUCACACCGUUACACACAGCAGCCAGGCUCGGAGUUCCAGAGCUGGUGGCUCUUUACCUGGCUCAUGGAGCAUCUGUGGAUGCAGUCAACUCUUUGCAGGAGACUGCUUUGGUCACAGCGGCCUUCUGGACUUUUGAUAAUAAAGAACAAACCUACAGCGAGGAUCACCAUUUAGUCUGUCGUCUCCUGCUGGACCACCGAGCAGAUCCCAACAUCCAAGAAGAAGACCAUAAAACAGCUCUUCACAAAGCAGCCUGGCACUGUGAUCACGUCCUGAUGCAGAUGCUGCUGGAGGCCGGAGCGGACACAAGAGUCAUGGACAUCAACGGCUGCACCCCCAUUCAGUAUCUGCUCAAAGUGACAGACGUCAGGCCGAUGGCCCUACCUGAGCUCUGCUAUCAGCUGCUGCUCAACCAUAACGCAGCCAGAAUCUACCCACAACAUUUCCACAAGGUGCUGCAGUCCUGUUACGACUACCCUGGAGUAUUAGAAAUUAUGGUCAACUCUUAUGAACAUUUAAAACCCACAAAGAAGUGGAGAGAAGCCAUUCCUGAUGACUGCUACCAGCGACAUAAAGACUUCUACGACUCUCUGUUUGCCGUUUGCACCAACACGCCACGCAGCCUGCUCCACCUCACCAGAUGUGCCAUCAGAGCCAGCCUGGGCGGCCUCUGCCAAAGGGGAGUCCCACAGCUUCCUCUGCCACGUCCAAUGAAGAAAUAUUUAUUAUUAGACCCUGAGGGGUUACUGUACUGA